CUCCUCCGCCGCCUCCGCCUCCGCCUCCUCCUCCGUGGUGGUGGUGGUGGGACUCGCGCCCCCGAGAAGCAGCGGCCCCGGCUUGAGCGGCGGCGGCGGCAGCAGCAGCAUGCAGGCCAACGGGGCCGGAGGAGGAGGCGGCGGCGGCGGCGGCGCGAGUGGAGGUGCUGGAGGGGCCGGAGGUGGCGGCGGCGGCGGCGGCAGCAGCAGCCAGGCACAGACCCAGGAACUCGCCUGCCUGGCGGCCCAGAACGGGGAGUCGUCGCCCUCGUCGUCCUCGUCCUCGUCGUCGGCCGCCGCCGCCGCUACCGCGGGGGACCUGGCCCACGCCAACGGGCUCCUGCCCGCCGCCCCCAGCGCCGCCGCCAGCAACAAUAGCAACAGCCUGAAUGUCAAUAACGGGGUCCCCGGCGGGGCUACUGCCGCCGCCGCCGCUGCCACUUCGGCUCCCGUGGCCUCCGCCACCGCCGCCCCCUCGUCCCUGGCCACCCCCGACCUGGGCAGCAGCCUCAAGAAGAAGAAGCGCCUCUCGCAGUCGGACGAGGAUGUCAUCCGGCUCAUAGGACAGCACCUGAACGGCCUCGGGCUCAACCAGACUGUUGACCUCCUCAUGCAAGAGUCAGGAUGUCGUUUAGAGCAUCCUUCUGCUACCAAAUUCCGAAAUCAUGUCAUGGAAGGAGACUGGGAUAAGGCAGAAAAUGACCUGAAUGAGCUAAAGCCUUUAGUGCAUUCUCCUCAUGCUAUUGUGGUAAGAGGCGCACUUGAAAUCUCUCAAACGUUGUUGGGAAUAAUUGUGAGGAUGAAGUUUUUGCUGCUGCAGCAGAAGUACCUGGAAUAUCUGGAGGAUGGCAAGGUCCUGGAGGCACUGCAGGUUCUGCGCUGUGAAUUGACGCCCCUGAAAUACAAUACAGAGCGCAUUCACGUUCUCAGUGGGUAUCUGAUGUGUAGCCAUGCAGAAGACCUGCGAGCAAAAGCAGAAUGGGAAGGGAAAGGAACAGCUUCCCGAUCUAAACUGUUAGACAAGCUUCAGACAUAUUUACCACCAUCGGUGAUGCUUCCCCCACGGCGUUUACAGACUCUUCUGCGGCAGGCGGUAGAACUGCAAAGAGAUCGGUGCCUAUAUCACAAUACCAAACUUGAUAAUAAUCUAGAUUCUGUGUCUCUGCUUAUAGAUCAUGUUUGUAGUAGGAGGCAGUUCCCGUGUUAUACUCAGCAGAUACUUACUGAGCAUUGUAAUGAAGUAUGGUUCUGUAAAUUCUCUAAUGAUGGCACUAAACUAGCAACAGGAUCUAAAGAUACUACAGUUAUCAUAUGGCAAGUUGAUCCGGAUACACACCUACUAAAAUUGCUUAAAACAUUAGAAGGACAUGCUUACGGUGUUUCAUACAUUGCUUGGAGCCCAGAUGACAACUAUCUUGUUGCUUGUGGCCCGGAUGACUGCUCUGAGCUUUGGCUUUGGAAUGUACAAACUGGGGAGCUAAGGACAAAAAUGAGCCAGUCUCAUGAAGAUAGUUUAACAAGUGUGGCUUGGAAUCCAGAUGGGAAACGCUUUGUGACUGGAGGUCAGCGUGGGCAGUUCUACCAGUGUGAUUUAGAUGGCAAUCUCCUUGACUCCUGGGAAGGAGUGAGAGUGCAAUGCCUUUGGUGCUUGAGUGACGGGAAGACUGUUCUGGCAUCAGAUACACACCAGCGCAUUCGGGGAUAUAACUUCGAAGACCUUACAGAUAGGAAUAUAGUUCAAGAAGAUCAUCCCAUAAUGUCUUUUACUAUUUCAAAGAAUGGCCGAUUAGCUUUGUUAAAUGUAGCAACUCAGGGAGUUCAUUUAUGGGACUUGCAAGACAGAGUUUUAGUAAGAAAGUAUCAAGGUGUUACACAAGGGUUUUAUACAAUUCAUUCAUGUUUUGGAGGCCAUAAUGAAGACUUCAUCGCUAGCGGCAGUGAAGAUCACAAGGUUUACAUCUGGCACAAACGUAGUGAACUGCCCAUUGCAGAGCUGACAGGGCAUACGCGUACAGUAAACUGUGUGAGCUGGAACCCACAGAUUCCAUCCAUGAUGGCCAGCGCCUCAGAUGACGGCACUGUUAGAAUAUGGGGACCAGCACCUUUUAUAGACCACCAGAAUAUUGAAGAGGAAUGCAGUAGCAUGGAUAGUUGAUGGCGCAUUUGGAGCAGACGACUUCUGUUUAACUUAAAAUUAGUCGUAUUUUUAAUGGCUUGGGAUUUGGUGCAAACAAACAUGAUUGAUAGCUGGACAGACAUGCUCGUCAUGAAAAAAAAAAAGAACCAUUUCUGAAGCCCGAUCGGGGCCAAACAUUUACACCUUGCUUCAUAGUAACCAGUUGAGAUGAAGCACGUCGUUAGAACGUUGUUGGACACCAUGUUGAAUUAUCCCCCCAUCGGUCGUGAAGAACUGUGCUACAUUCAGGCUUACCCAUUGAACUCAGUAUAUAUAUUUUUCCCUCCUGCCUUUUGUCUGGUGGGAUACCAUUCUUGUUGCUCUUCUGUGUAAUGAAGUUUAAAUGCUUGUUUGGAAAACUUUAUUUAACAGUUUAGAAGGCUUGAUAGAAAGAGUGCAUUAGUCUGAAGAGUAUACAUUGGCUAGGAAAGAAUUUCUUUCUUCUGUUUCUCCGAAUCUUUCCGCCUUAUUUAGCUUGAGAUCUUUGCAGCUUGGUUCAUGGAUUCUAGCCUUGCCCGUUGCGCAGAUAUACUGAUCCAGAUGAUAAACCAGUGAACUAUGUCAAAAGCACUCUCAAUAUUACAUUUGACAAAAAGUUUUGUACUUUUCACAUAGCUUGUUGCCCCGUAAAGGGUUAACAGCACAAUUUUUUAAAAAUAAAUUAAGAAGUAUUUAUAGGAUUAAAGUGACUUCAUUUGUAUACAUUUGGAAUCUAAACCAGCUUAAAAACAGUUUCCUCUAUGACUUAGAUAUGCAGUAUAACUGAUGCUCUUCUGGAAUACCACACAAGUCAUGGUCAGAAACAGUGCUCAAAAAAACAUUACACAAGAAAUUUAGAGUAAUCCAUGGAAGGCUUUCCCCUUUUGUUUUUAUUCCUCGAGAAAUAUCAGUACCUGAUGUGGAAGAAGUUUAAGAUUCAAAAGGAGAAUUUUUAAAUAACCAACACAAGAUCAGUAAUCUGUUUAGAUUUUCAGCAGAACUUAUUUGAAGUUCUCAACCUGGGACUCACUUGUGUGUGAUAUUGCAAGAGUAGGAAUCAGCAGAUAUAAUCACCUUGGAACUUUAGAGUAUAAUUGUUUGUUAGAACAAUUCAGAAGGCUACAUACUUAAACUGGGUUUAGAACCUCCUAAUCAUUUCUCUUAAUUGCCCUUAAUGUUUUGACACGUAGGGAGACAAAUUUAAAAUAAAGCCCUCCUUUGUUUUUCAGAUAUUGCCAUACCAAACCUCAUUCUAAACUGGUGCUGUGGAUAGUCUUUCCUUCUCCCCUCCUCUUUUACUUUAAGGGAAGGUUUCCUUCAUGGAAAAAGCACUUUUAAUUGUAAGAAUUUCACAUUUAAUAUAAGCCAAAUAAAUGCCUGAUGUUCACAUUGUGCUUUUAGGAACCCCAUUAAAGCUGAAUACAACAUACUUAGUCUCCUCUGAAGUCCCCUUUUUUCUAGAGAGAAUAUAUAUGGUGACCAUAGCUGUUGCAUUGGAAAGAAGAGUUAGGGGUAGCCCCAAAAUAAGAUUCGGGUAAAGAAAGAACUUUGUGAGUUCCUCUUUAAGCCCAGCCAAGUCUGUACUAUAUUACUACUAUGAAUAGACUCCUUCUGUAUACACGGAGAGGUUUACUUGGAUCAGAAUUUUCCCCCUGGGGGUAGAGUAGGGAGACCGACCGUAGUAGCAGGGAGAGAGGACGGAGGACAGUCGAGAGGGAGAGAGAGGGAGGGAGAAGAAACACAAUUGGCCUUAAAAUAGCACAGAUUCUCCUGGGAAUCCUAAGAGAAAAACGGCAUCAUGGUCAGCAGAUCAUUAGAUUGGUAUGUAAAAGAUUUCUUUAAGCUCCAUUUUGCAGAGACCACCACUUAGAGAAUCAAGAAUUCCUGUUUUGAUACGUCUUAAGUUAAAAGAACUCUGUUACAGUUUAUCUGGUACUUCAUUUUUCUUAACUAAAAUUAAUUUUUACUUUAAGCUUGAAUAAAAAUCUUCAUUGAUGACUGUAUAUAAUUCAGUGGAAACUUCUCUUUACCUCAGUACAGUUUAAACCAUUCAUAUUUUAAGUGAUCCAUGUAUACCUUGAAGCCAUUAAUAAACCCCUGUCUCUACAGUAACAUCACCAACAAAUGUGGGCAUAGAAACUCCACAGCUGUUUACAAAUGUGGUUACAGUGUGCUAUGGUACAUUUGUAACAUCCACUGAGAUUUGCACCCACUGGGCAAUUUGGCCCUAAGAUUCUGCUAUUCUCAUCCAACCACUCCCAAAAUCUGAGUUUUCAGAGUGCUUCUGAAGGACAGUAAAUUUUUUAAAAAGGGAGUAAAAGUGAGGCACUCCUGCAAGAACAUUAACUCCUUUAAAAUGGAGUGAUAACUAUGCAAAGGUUUCUGUAGCCGCUAGGUGAGUUUGUUUUCCAGGUCUGUCUUAACUGGCAGCUUCCUCAUACUGGUACCCUGCUGUGCCAAUUUGCUACAAACGUCUUCUUUCAUGCAUUUGCCAUGCAGUGACUGCUGGAAUGAUUAAGUAAAUGAAGGAGUCUAGGACUUGAUGGUACAAAGAACCUGGUAGCGGAAUGGUCCAAUCCAUAGCUAUUAACUGAAAACUUGACAGUGCUAUUGUCUUUGUGUAGACACGAGAAUGCUAUCAAGCCAGUCGCAACAUACUAACGUACAAAUUGAAAAGUACCAAUACUUUUUGCACAUAGAUCAAAAUAGAAUGGAGAUUUUGUACUCCAAAAAAAUCAGGUUAGUAGGCUCAUUUCCAUGUGCUUAAAAAUGUUUUGUUAUUCAUUGAUUAAGGGCUAGAGCAACUAUGAAAUUUAAUGUCUUUCCUCCAAAUAAGUGGUUAUCAAUAGUACGACUAGAUUGGGGAUUCCCAAGAUUGGUUGGGGGGUGAUGAUCAAGAAUUACAAUGGAGAAUUAGGAGGAAUGACUUCAGUAUUGGUUUGUGUAUUUUAUUAGUGUUCAUGCCAAGUUACAUUAAUGUUACUCUUAUUGGCCAGGUCAAUACUAAGCCAGGUAAGUCGUUUAAACAGGAAAUUUCAUUUGCAGAUGUCCCUGAAAAUUGGCACGUUUUAGUGGGUGGAAAAUAAAAAAGAAUUACCUAACUUUAAACUAGAAUCCAGUUGAAAUGGAAAAAUUCCGAUUUUUGUCCUUUCCUUUGCCAUUUAAAUCAGUAGUAAUGAUUCUAGUAAUGAUUUUUAUUAUUACAAGUGUACUCCCACAUGAGUGGCAUUCCAUGACAUUAAUAGAAAACCCUUUUUCCCCUUCCCUUCCCCAUCUUGGAAUUUUCUUUUUUAGGAUGUUGGUUCCUGCACACAAGAACUGACCCUAUCACCUCUGCUGACAGUGGUAAAUGUCUCCUACAUCUCUUGAAAGGGAACUAUCCAUGUCAGUUUCUUUCACAGCAGAAGAAUGGCUGCUUAUGAAUGGGGAGGAAAGAAGACAUUUUUCUUAAUAUCCUUUUUGUCCCAAUUCUAAAAUCUAUAAGUAUCUUGAUUUGAUUUUACUUUAGACGUAAGCAACUCUUCCCCGAGGGUUGCUCUCCAAAAUCCUCCAUUUCAAAAUUAACAUCUGACUUAAUAUAAACUGUUGACUUUCAAAGAAGAGGCGAAUUUACAUUUACACUUAGACACUUUCUAAAAACAGGGUGAACUUAAUUGAAAUUUUUCAGUGUUGUUAAGCUAUUGUUAUAGUAGCUGCCCUAUAGUUGCAAAACGAAACUAUUAAAACCCAUCCCCCCUAUCUACUUAAUCCAGAUAGCCUGGAUUUGAUGAAACAUAGUAUAAAAAUGUGUGUGUGUGUAUGUGUGGAUAUGCGUGGGUGUUGUGUGUCUGUGGAAGAGAGAGUACUUAAUUCACAAAAAGUCCUGGAAACAGCUCUUCUAGGCUCUUGUCAAUUUUACUAAGUCUGUGCACAUGUCAAGUGCCCUCUCUCAACUUAAGAUUUGGUUAAUACUGGUAUAUUUUUAUAAGAUUGAAAUUGUGUCCCCAUCUUUAACUUAAGACAUUUUCAUUAUCAGGGUCAAUGUGCUAAAACUGAAUCAUAACAUUUUUAGGCACAGAUGGAAAAAAAAAGUGUUCUUGGCUCCUUGAAAAUGUAUGUGUGUAGCAAGGGGAGGGGACUAGACCCACAAACGCAUGUAUGUACUUACAAACCAAGCUGUAGAGAUCGAGAAAAGAACUUAAUACGUGUUGAUCUCAAGAUUUCUAAAUUGUCAAGAUUUACAUGGCAUUGUGGUGGAACUAGUUAACACUUAGAGCUUUUGGUAUGUAAUAACUAUGUACUAUGGACUGGUUAAAUGUUCCAGAGGAUUGUGUUCUUAAAUUUGGGGGAGGGGUUGUUUAUAACUGCCUCUCAGAGUAUACUUAGUAGUUAAAAUUUCUUUGCUUUAUUAUUUCAUUAAAGCAUAAAAAACUUCAGGUCUCUGAUAUUUAUUUUCACUUGUUCUACUAAUUAUUUACAAAACACCCUUUGUUAACUUUUUAUUUUAUAAAUGUAUAUUAAAUGUCUUUAAUUUUUGUUUAAUUGAAACUUCUUUAACUUUUAUUUGCUUUCCUGGGAAUUUUUUUUAAUACACUUUUUCCAUGUCAGUGCAUAGCACUUAACCAAUCAUUUGUAUUCCCUUUCAACCUAAUAAACAGAAUGAGUAACUAA